GAAUUAAACCAUGGAUCAUCAACACAGCACAGAUGAUAUAAAAGGCAUUAAUGAAAUAAUUGUAAAUACGGUAUCUGAGACCAAAGCAGACGACAUAAACGCAAUGGGAGAUUUGGAAAAAGACAAGGAGGAUAGCGUUUCUAGCUUACCAUUUUUUCAAUACAAGGAUACUGUUAAUAACCAAGACGGUCAAACUGAUCUGGAAUCAAAAGAUACCCAAUCGGAUAUAAAGAACAAUCCUGGAUUGUUAAAAUCCGAGCUUAAACCAGGGGAAACUUUAAGUGAAGGAGACCAUGCAGGAAGCAGGAGAGUAUCAUUCUAUAGUGAUAUAGGAAUGCAAAGACUACCUUACAGUAGGCAAGGUUCACAAAACAUUGAAGCUGCCGGAUUUAUUCAACAGGGACCAUAUUUACACCCACUUUAUGCGGGAAUUCCACUUGCUCCUAAUUACAGAAGGAUAUCGCUGCUGCCAUUUUCAUGUAAUGGCGAGUUACCAACCAGGAGAAAAACAUCAGCUGAGGUUUUCUACUACCCACAAGCUCAAUACUUGACCAGACCGUCACAACAUGGAAGAGUGUCUGUUUUUUCAAUUGGGAAUUCCUCAGAUACAGGUACUAUAGGUUCCGACGGUGAAGAAAGGAUUCCGCAAUUAAACCACUACAGAGCGAGCGUGUUUGACAACCAAAGGCCAACCUUAUAUCAACUUCGUGAAGAAGAGAUUAGAGCGAAAGAGCCGCCAACAGAAAUGUUUUCCGACGAACUGUUUGACGAUACUGAAGCAGGGGAGAGAAAGAAUGCGUCUGUUACAGUCUCCGGCCAUAAGUUUGGAUGGAUUCAGGGCGUUCUGGUUCGAUGUCUUCUGAAUAUAUUUGGUGUAAUGUUGUUUUUGAGGUUGUCAUGGGUUACAGGACAGUCAGGUAUCGGACUAGCAACUGUCAUUAUUGCAUUGGCCAGUACAGUUACCUCUUUAACAGCAAUGUCAAUGUCCGCAAUCUGUACCAAUGGAGAGGUAAAGGGAGGUGGGGCUUACUAUAUGAUAUCAAGGAGCUUAGGACCGGAGUUCGGUGGUUCUAUUGGUGUAGUGUUUUCCAUAGCAAACGCCGCUGGCGCUGCUAUGCACAUUGUUGGCUUGGCAGAAACUGUCAGGGACAUAAUGUGGGAUCAUGAUGCGUAUAUCACAGGUGACAGUAAUAAUGAAGUUAGAAUCAUCGGACUGGCUACAAGUUGUUUGUGUCUGGCCAUCGUACUGAUUGGCAUGGAAUGGGAAGCGAAGGCACAACUUGUCUUACUGGCUAUUUUGAGUAUUGCUUUGAUCAAUUACUUUGUCGGCACUUUUAUACCACCUGACGAUGAGAAAAAAUGGAAAGGUGUUGUAGGAUACAAUGAUGAAACCUUUUCAACAAACUUUGGCCCACAUUUCACCGAAGGCAACAGUUUCUUCUCCGUGUUUGCAAUAUAUUUCCCGUCGGCUACCGGUAUCCUAGCUGGUGCCAACAUUUCUGGAGACCUUAAAAAUCCAUCAAGUGCGAUUCCAAAAGGCACAUUUCUCGCCAUAUUGCUGACGUCACUCGUGUAUGUAGCAAUAGUAUGGUCCAUUGGUGGAUGUGCAGUUCUAACGGCGGUUGGCGAGAUUCUCACACCGGGAAUGUUUAUGGAUCCUGUAACCAACGCAACCAUUACCCCGACUUUAGACCUAGUGCAAAACUGUGCGGCAUUUAAUCAGACCUGCAAAUCCGGACUUCUUUUAGAUAAUGGGAUGGUCGUAAUUGCGUCAGCAUGGAAACCACUUAUUUGGGCGGGAAUAUUCUCAGCAACAUUAUCUUCUGCUUUGGCAAGUAUGGUCGGAGCUCCAAAAGUGUUCCAGGCUUUGUCGAAAGACAAACUUUUCCCUUUUAUUCACAUUUUUGCAAAGGGAUACGGUCCAAGCGAGGAACCAAAGCGAGCAUAUAUUUUAUGUUUUGCUAUUUGCUCAGCAAUGGUUUGUGUGGGCUCCCUCGACAUUAUUGCACCGAUUAUUUCAAACUUCUUCUUGAUGGCAUAUGCGAUGAUCAACUUUUCAUGCUUCGAUGCGUCAAUGGCCAAUUCACCAGGGUUUAGGCCGGGCUUCAAGUACUACAGCAAAUGGUUAAGUCUUAUUGGAUCCCUGUUAUGCAUUGCCGUAAUGUUUUUGAUCAACUGGUGGGCGGCGCUGGUCACGUUUGUGAUUGUUGCUGGCUUAUAUUUUUACGUAUUUCGGACAAAGCCAGAGGUAAACUGGGGCUCAUCGACUCAGGCAAACGCAUACAAAGAUGCCCUUAGAUCAACGUUGAAAUUGAUCAACGUUGAUGACCAUGUGAAGAAUUAUCGUCCUCAGUUUCUCGUGCUGUCAGGGUAUCCAAGGAACCGGGCAAAUCUCGUGGACUUUGCGUCUACCAUCACUAAGAAACAAAGUCUUCUGGUUUGUGGUCACGUGUUCCAGGGUGACUUUGAACAACACAUGACAAGAGUUCGGUCAAUGUCCGCGUACAGGUGGUUUGAAAACAAAAAGAUCAAGGCAUUUUACAACUGUGUGUGUGCACCAACAUUUAGAAUAGGAGUGCAAGUUCUUCUGCAGGCUGUUGGUGUGGGGAAAUUACGGCCGAAUACAUUACUACUUGGUUACAAGAACGACUGGCAAAAGACAGAUCCUGUAGAAGUUCUUGACUACUUCAACGUCAUACAGGAUGCAUUUGAUUUGAAGUAUAGUGUAGGAAUUUUACGUUGUGAUGGCGGAUUUGACAGAAAUAAAGUUCCAGAUAAUAUUCUAGAUCUAGACAGUCCAGAAUUAUUUGAUUCUGAUGUUGAACAAGAAGAAGAUGAAGAUGAAACUGUUAAGGAACCGGAAAAAGAAGUACGUAACGAAUCAAACAGUAUACCAAGCUCUGUUGUUGAGAGAAAAGAUAGGAACAACAAAACUAACAACAUCCGUUUGAUACGGUUACAAACGCUAGAGGAAGGAGUGGAAAAUGCCGCAUUUGAGGAUCCAAAGGUAACUGAAUCAAAACCUACAAUUACCCCUUCCUUACUCUCGCAAGAUGUGCCCGAAAAACCGCCGACGAAUUUUAGAGAUAAACAAUACGGAACCAUAGAUGUUUGGUGGCUUUACGACGACGGGGGUUUGACACUUUUAUUGCCGUACAUUUUACACAAAAGUAAACAGUGGAAACAUGCUAAAUUACGCGUGUUUUGUCAAGGCACGAAGAAAGGGGACAUGACUGAAGACCGAGCAAAAAUGGCCUCAUUGUUAGCUAAAUUCCGUAUUGAAUAUUCGGAGCUGACGGUCGUGACGGAAUUAAACAAGAAGCCUCAACUAUCAACUUACAGAGAGUUUGAGAGUCUCGUGCAACAAUGGCGUGUUAAACCUGGUGAAUUUCAGGAAAAGUUCCCGUUGAGAAUUGCAGAUGGAGAUCUUAUUGAACAUAAACAAAAGACCUACCGACAUCUUCGUAUCCGUGAGAAACUUCUAGAGCAUUCCAGAGACGCUUCUCUUGUUGUCUUGACUCUACCAGUUCCUCGGAAGACUUCUUGCCCGGCUGGCUUGUACAUGGGUUGGUUGGAAAUACUAACAAAAGGACUGCCACCUACCCUUCUACUGAGAGGAAAUCAGGAAAGCGUCCUAACUUAUUAUUCCUAGUUCUUAAACGGACCAUAUUUUCGGCCAGUAUGAAUGUUUCGUCAGAUUAUAGACCUUAUAACAUGUGUUCUUUUAAUGCAGUUUUUUGUGUUAUCAUAGUGUACUUAAAUCGGAGAAAGAAAUCUGAAGAAGCCUGUGAAGUGUUCAUAAUCGACAACUAUUUCUUUCGGAAAAGCAAUCUAGUUCUAAAACGAACUUUUCAUUUCAUUCUAAAAUUUUCAUGAAAUCAUAAGUUUGUUGACAAUAGGCAUUCUCAAGAAAUAUUUUCUACCAGUUCGUGUUUAAGCAAAUGUUCGUAAGCAAAAUGGCAUUGUAAUUCCGGGGUUUAAGUAUGUAUAUAUUUAAAUUUAUUUUAUUUGUCAUUUUUUAGAAAAAAAUGAAAUUGUUAAUAUUUAGACACGUCUCUGUGUUGUAUGAGUUUGUCUGUACUUCGUUGUUUUCCACAAAUAUAAAUAUUCCAUUGUA